CAUUACAACGCCAAUUGUCACGUGAUCGCCAUGCAACACAGCAUGGUGCGUACGCAUUUCGGCGCUUUCGGUUAUGAUCAUGCGGUUUCUUCUUUGGCAAAUGUCGGUUUUGCCCAGCGAGGUUACUGAAACGUGAUUGUUUCGUGUGAAAUGGAGAUUACUCGCGCCAGACCCUCGCUUUACGGAGACAUCGCCCAUGGCCUGGGGUUCUGGACGGACCGCUCAGCCGUGCAUGAGGCCGCCUUCCAGGGUCACACCCUGCAGCUGCAGCAGCUCAUCGAGAGCGGCGCGUCCGUUAACAUCGUGGCCGUGGACUCCAUCACCCCACUGCACGAGGCCUGUAUACAGGGGCAGACACAGUGUGUGAGGCUGCUGCUGGAUGCUGGUGCGCAGGUGGACGCGCGGAACAUUGAUGGCAGCACACCUCUGUGUGAUGCCUGUGCUGCAGGCAGUCUGGAGUGUGUGAAGUUGCUGUUGGAACAUGGGGCAGCUGUCAAUCCUACUCUUUUCACCUUCUCACCCUUGCAUGAGGCCUGCAUGGGGGGGAAUCCGGAAUGCGUGCGGCUCAUGAUUGCCAGGGGAGCCCGUAUGGAGGCACAUGACUGCCACUUUGGGACCCCGCUACACGUAGCCUGCGCUAGGCAGCAAGUGGACUGUGCAAAGGUGUUGCUCAAUGCAGGUGCCAAUGUCAACGCUGCCAAACUCCAUGAGACAGCACUGCACCAUGCAGCCAAAGUGAAGAACAUCGAUCUGAUUGAGAUGCUGGUGGAGUUUGGAGGGAAUGUUUACGCCAGGGACAACCUGGGAAAGAAGCCCAUUGACUACACCAGGCCCGGUUCCUCUGCUGCACUCUGUCUGGAGUUUUAUGAAAGAACACCUCUAAGUCUACAGCAGCUGAGCAGAGUCUCUCUGAGGAUGGCGUUGGGUGUGAGGGCUUUGGAGGUUGUGUCCAAGCUUCACUUGCCCAACCGGAUAAUUAAGUACCUCUCUUACUACUGAUCUGACUAUUUGUCAGAACUAUAAACCAGUAAGAUUGACUGUGUAAAUAUCGUGGAAGCACAAGGAAACGAGGAGCCGUUCACCUGUAGAGGCCAAUUUAGUGAUGAUGACCAGCUUCGCUCCCCAGCCCACCGUUGCUGAUAACUGCACAGCCCGUCUUUCCAAAUGCUUGUAUCACAUCACGCCAUCUCUGACUCUGCAGCAUUUGGAGUGCCCCCUACUGGCUAGUCAGAAACUCUUAAGAUUGUAAACUGGGUUCCUGGUGGAGGUUUCUGAUCCAAUUACCGGCAGCUCCUGACCUACUUGUGCUCAGCUACCCAGUUGACAUUGGAUAGCGUUCAAGACCUAGUGAGUCAGAGAGAUUAGAAUAAAUCUUCUUUGCUUUUUAGUAACCAGGAAUAUCUUUUUUUUUCCACCCAAGUGGUUAGUAUUUUACAUGUUGUCAAUGCUAACUGAAAUUACUUAGUGAUAACUUAUCACAUUUAUAAGUAGUAGUAGUAGAUAUAGUUAAUUGGGUGGCACAGCAAGUAGCGCUGUUGUCUCAG